UCAGCCCCCACCGACACAGCUUGUUUUGGAGGAAGUGAGCGGCGCUCGGCUAGCAGAUAGCAGGUUAGCUUUGACAGGAAAAGCAAGCGUCAACGGCAUCAGGGCGAAGCGGACCAUUGUACCAGUCGCCUCGGCUACACGAAGAGAGACAUACAUCGACAGUGGCAGCGUUGACUUCGACAGCAAGAGUUAGCUGCGAAGCCAGCUACCGGAGAGCACAAGGCUGUCGACGCGUUAAACGUCUUGUUUUCGUCCGGCUGACGUUAGCAGGAGCUGUUAGCCUGUUAGCUUGUUAGCCUGUUAGCUAGCCUGCGCGUUAGCUAACGCUUCCAACCGAGGCAGAAGAAAAGUCCAGUUUUGAUAUUUUUUUUUUACCACAGGAUCAUCGCCCAGCUGUGGCACAAUGACAUCAAGGAAGAAAGUACUACUCAAAGUCAUCAUCCUCGGAGACUCUGGAGUUGGGAAGACUUCGUUGAUGAACCAGUAUGUGAAUAAGAAGUUCAGUAACCAGUACAAAGCCACAAUAGGUGCUGAUUUCCUGACGAAAGAAGUCAUGGUGGAUGACAGACUUGUCACAAUGCAGAUUUGGGACACAGCAGGUCAGGAGAGGUUCCAGUCCUUGGGCGUGGCGUUCUAUCGUGGAGCAGACUGCUGCGUCCUGGUGUUUGACGUGACCGCACCCAACACCUUCAAGACUCUAGACAGCUGGAGGGACGAGUUCUUAAUCCAGGCCAGCCCUCGAGACCCGGAGAAUUUCCCCUUUGUGGUGCUUGGCAACAAGAUAGACUUGGAGAACAGACAGGUGACAACCAAGCGAGCACAGGCUUGGUGUCAAAGCAAGAACAACAUCCCAUAUUUCGAAACCAGCGCCAAGGAGGCAAUCAAUGUGGAGCAGGCCUUCCAGACUAUUGCACGCAACGCCCUUAAACAGGAGACCGAAGUGGAGUUGUACAAUGAGUUCCCUGAACCGAUAAAGCUUGACAGGAACGAGCGAGCCAAGCCGUCAGCGGAGACCUGCAGCUGCUGAGGGCUCUGAAGAUCGUCAUGGGCAGGGGGGGGGGGCUGUCUCUGCCCUCACUACCCUGUCUUGCCUUGUCUAUAUAUCCCUUAUCCCAUGGCCCACUGUGUUAAUCCCUAAAGCCCAACAUACAAGCAGCAUCCAACUCAUCGAGUAUACUACUACACAAAAACAUGCUGCACUCACCUCCUUAUGUAUACAAAAACACACAUUUUCUAUAAAAUACGAGUCUCCUAGCCUAAAGAACACCUUAAAGAAACAUCAUGGAAUUCACUCGUACGAUGCUUAUUGCUUCCCAGUGUUUCCCCACGUACUUUUUCAUGACGGUGGUGGUUUGGGCUAACCUUUUGUUUUUGGUUCCCUAUAUAUCGCUGCUUUCAUGCCCAGUUUCGAAGCAUUAUAUCUACAUGUUUGUGUCGAGAGGAAACGCUGCUCCCCCAUUUUUUUUUCAUUUGUGUUGUGGCUUAAAUUUGUUUUGACUCUCCAAAACACUUGUUACCAUGGUUUCACCUAACUUAAAAAAUAAAUUUAAAAAAAGUCAGCUGAAGGAUCAGAAUGUGUGAAGGUGCAUGUGGGUCACAUUAAUAUGCUGCCUGCUGAAUCUCGUUAAUUGGCAUAUAAUUGAAUUUCAAGUUCCAUGUCGUUUUUUUUGUUGCACUUUGCUAUCAUCCACAAUUACUUAAGACUUGUUCAAACAUCUCACUUUGGAGCCACAAUAAAUGCAAUUGUAGCUCAGGUUGAGGACAUUGUUUGAAUCCAGACUCGGCUCCUUGAUAAGUUUUGUCCCUACUACACUAUUUGCUGUUCCUCUAUUGGGAAAAUUAAGGUUCCUCUCGUAAUCAGUUAUUCUUGGUACAACAUCUGACGUGGGAAUGAACCAAAUACAGACAGCAUGUCAUUCUACCCGAUAGCCCCUGAUACUUUUCUCAAGUAUAAAUAUCAUUCAUAACUGAGUACUAUUAGUUAGUUAACUUGUUUUUACUGUCAACUAUUGCAAGACUUUGUAUAUUUGCAAACCUCUCAAUCACUGUGUGGGGAAGGCAAAAAGUUGUGUUGUAAAUCUCCAUAUCCGACUUCGCCAGUUGCUCGUGUUGGCAAACAAUUUAAGUGCUUGACAUUUCUUUUAACCGAUCAGAUCUUUAACUGUCUGUUCAUAUUAUGUUAAAACUUUGAAAUGCAUCAUAGAUUACAAGAUAGCAUACAUACUGUAACUUUUGGAAGAAAAAAAAGUGGGGGGAAGUAUUGGCAUUCGUCAUUAUUAUAUUAGUAAUAUGAUAAAUGCAUAGCAUCUACAUUGUUUCGAAAUGUCUUUGCGUUUCAAGUAAUAAGGGUAAUAAAAAUCUUGAUUAAA